AUGUCGGAGCGGAGCCGCGCUGCCGUGGCCCAACUGGCAGAACAACUGCCGGAUGGACGGCUGCGGAUCUGCAUCCUCGGGGGCACCUCCGUCCAGAGGAAGGAGAGCGAAGAGCUCGCACAUCUCAUCGCGCAGGGCCUGUCCUCAAAGCUGCAAGGGCGCGUCUUUGUGUUCACAGAAGGAAUGCCGGGCAUCCAGAAUGCCUUCGCGAGACAAUGCAGCGAAACUAUACUGCACAACCUUGUCCUUGAGGGGCAGGCAUGCAGCUGGCACGGAACGGAGCUGAGCGCCGGCGAGAGCAUCUCUGAAAGAAAGGAGAUCUUUAGCUUGCUGGGCGACGUGUACGUCGUGUUGGAGGGCGGUCCCGGCGUCGCGAAGCAAGCUCGCACGGCCUUGCGCCGGGGCGCCUGCAUUCUGCCACUCGCGAGAACCGGCGGUGCCAGCUGUGGGCUCUUCGACUUUCCCAAGAAAGCUCUGGAGAAGCCGAGCUUCGUGGAGGAGAUGUGCUGGGAAGCCCUGCAAAACGCAGAGCUGCCCACAGAGGUGACGGCCGAGGCGGUGGUGGCCAUCUGUGAGGCUGCUUCUGAAAUCUCAGGAGGCUUUGGGAGGAGCCUUCUUGAGACGGAGAGUGACGCCGACGACACAGAGGAUCUCGCUUUAAGUCCAGACUCGUCCAAGCCGCUCCUGGAGCACGAUGUGGCCCUGGCCCCUGACUCGCGAAGAAGCGCGCCCUUCUACGCGUCCCAGGACAGCGGAAUUCGUGCUGAUGGGCUUUCGAGGGAGGAGAUCGGUGCCGUUCGGGAGAUCCUGGGCAUCAGCCGGCCAGGCUUGCCAUCGGCAUCCAGCACUGGUCACGGCCGUAGCCACCCAGAAGCACCACCUUUGGGGCCGAAAUUGUCUACACCGAUGCCUUUCCAGAGAAGGACCGCGCCGCGUUUCUCGGUUGAGAUGCCCCCGCCCCGUGUCAGGAGCUCGGCAUGCUUUCGCCGCAGAGUCGUGCGUGAUGCGUGGAACACGCAGGAGAUCUUGCUGGCUUGGGCCAUGGCACGCCACCCGGGCCGAAGAGCACGGCAGCGCCACGAACUGCCUACGCCGCUGGCAGACGAGACGGAGUUUCGCUGGUACUUCAACCUCCUCUUCCCGUCCUUGGAGAUCGAUCUCUGGGAGUCUCGAGAUGCUGAGGGCCUGGAAGCUGCCGAGGACUCUGCGGCGCGGCAGCUGCAGCUGGCGCUCAGAUCUGCCGACCGUGACGGAGAUGGCUGUGUGACAGUCGAGGAGCUUCAUUAUGGCAUGCUUUGCCUCCACGGCUAUCGGAGCCUCAUGGUGGAUGCUGCGAGGCCUCUGGCCUCCAUGCCAGUGACCUCCAACCAACCGGAUCUUCAAGCCCUGCUGGAAUCUCUGAACGGCGGGAUCCCUGUCCAUGCCGCAGAGGCACAGCUGGUGUUGCGCGAGGCGCGGCUUGUGCGAGGCGAGGGCGUUCCUGCCUCGCAGUCGUGCUCAAGGGAAGAGCUGUUGUGGGGCCUGGGCUGCUGGUAUGCAAACAUCCAGCGUGAGGAUACGCAGUGGCGCGAGGUUCUCGCAGCAGCUGUUCGCCGGUGGGUCCCUUCAGAUGAGGAGCAUCACGGAUGCGUUCUGCACGAGCUGGCUCGAAUGACCAUGGAUCUUCCCCGAACACUGCCGAUGCCGAGCCGCUUGGGCGGCCAGUCGGCGCGGAAGGAGACGUCUGCCAGCCGUGCCAGCCAAGCAUGCGUGCUGCUGCUGGCAGUCGCUAUUCACAUCGUGUACUUCCUGCUUCUGAUAUUUCCGUCGGCUUUCUUCCUCACGGUGAUCUUCAUGGGGAGCGAGCACGGAGACGACCGGUGCCCCUUCGACCUGGAUGCGCUGCUCGUGUGGUUUGGAGCAGUUGGGUUGGCAGUUCUCAUGGUGGACUGUGCGAACGGAGGCAGCAUCGGCAUCACGGUCAUUGCCAGUGGUUUGAAGGCUCUGCUGCUCCUGACGCCCUUCCUUGGCAUGUUCUGGACCCAUGCGCUGAGACGCACCGAUGCCGACAUCUGUGGGCCAUAUGUGUUCUGGAUGUCCAAGUGGCUUUGGAGUGCAUUGGCCUCCUGCGAACUGUACGUGGCCUGCCUGCUUGGGUGGAGUUUCCACGUGGCACGCAUUCAUGAGCUGGCGCUUCGACGCAAGGCGGACGCCGACAUGGAUGCACAGAUGAACCCGCCCUCACCUGAACACUUCUUGGCCGACCUCAACUCUGCGGUCUUGUCUUAA